GUCAGCCAAUAGGAUUGUACGCUGGCCUAUGACGUAUUUUCCGGCGAACGUACAGGCCUUGCUCUCGUCCUUGAUCAGCGCGAACUGCAGCAUUUGACGGACGCAAGACACACAUUUGCGCGGAAAAAUGGUUGCUUAUUGGAGACAAGCAGGACUGAGUUACAUCAGGUACUCAGCUAUCUGCGCCAGGGUCGUGCGAGCAGCACUGAAGCCACAGUUGAAAACUGAGGCGAUUAAAAACGCAGAAUCCAGUGUGAAGGUCACUAAAAUAAAGACUGUAUAAUGAUCUGUAAUUAAGCCCUCAGUCCCCACAUCUCCACACACAUUCUCUGUCGGAUUUACAACAAGACCUGCAGUUAUGAUGAUUUAAUGGAAAUAGCCCUGUUCUUUUGAUAAUAAAUUAUGAAGAGUCUCAAACUUAAA